AGAAUAUUACCUAGGUACAUAUACCUUAUGCAACUGGUACCACAGUCGUCGUGCUCAGGCGAUUGGUGCUACUCGAACGGACAGAGCACCACCGAGCACCACCUGUUAAGUGCCGUCAGCAGUGCAUUGGGUUCUGCCAACACUGCGCAAGGCUGUGGGCCAGCAUAGGCCCCAGUUGGAUGGCUGAGCUUCAUUUACCUCUCUCCGAGCAUGCCAUCAUGUCUCACAUUCGUGGUCCUCCAGGCUAUGUAUCUCAUGCUCACGACAUCUAUUCGUGGCUUCAAGACAUCACGAGUCCUCCUUCCACGCAUCAUCCACUUCCAACGGAAGCAUCUUCUGAUAUUACCGUAUACGAUAGCAUCUGACGUGCAGUUCUCUUUGUAACAUGCAGGUUACUGACAUGUGGAUCUAGACCUUGUGCAUCCACCUACCCGUCAUCAAUAGAAAUACACAACAGAAAAGCCACACUCGGCUUGGUUUCCAGGUGUACUUUAUAAUUCCGUCGUGGAACCGUGAUUCUGCAACAACUACAUCAUAUACCGCGUUUGACGCGCCGGUAUCCUCGAUCGGCGUUCGUCAUCGAGCCUCGCGAUCGCCCUCACUUCUGCUGGCUGAUUUAGCGGACAUCUUCCAGAAAGCUUCGAGAUGCUCCAUGCUUUUCCUUGCCAAGUCUUCUCAUUGUUUGGGUCGUAAACCAACCUUCAGGAUGAUUCAGGACACCGACGUCACCUUGGUCUCAAAGUUAGAAGAGAAAGGGAUCUCACGGAGAUACUGGCCGAGGCAACAGCCUGAGGAGCGACGUUGGUCAUGGCGAAAGGUGGCGGCAGUAUCUUCCGGUUUGAGGGGACGAAGCUGUUUCGUGACAAAUGGCGAGAGCGAGAAACCCUUGGCCAAACUACCUAGGGGAGAAGUUAUACCUUGGAAAGGUGAUUGUCAAAGAAGAGGUUUGAGAACACAUCGAUAGAGGAGCUGGAGAAGGAUAGCCGGCUAAACUUCGCCGUAUCUCGCUGUAUCUUCUCCGCACAUUGUUGCCAUUGACCUCGGCCCGUUCGGUUUGCUGCUGUCGAUUGAAUGCCGCUUGCAUCGGCGCAGCCAGCAUCUCGAGCUUCAAGCCGACUCUAUUUGGGAAGUUAUGUAGUUCACAUCUUAUUGCUGAUGCCUCUGGUGUCUAAUCCUGAAGAACCUGAAGUCUAGCCCACCUCGACAAACCAGUGCAAGCAUGGCUCCCAAACCCCCAUUGUCGGGACUCCGCGUCCUCGAACUCGGCGGUCUUGCUCCCGGCCCGUUCUGCGGCCUCCUUCUCGCCGACUGGGGUGCCUCUGUCCUCCGCAUCGACCGCCCGGGCCCUCCCAGCAGCGACCUGCUCACCUCACACAAAGCCUCCAUCGCCCUCGACCUCAAGAACCCUGCCUCGCGCGAGCUCUUCCUCUCCCUGAUCCCUACGACCGACGUGCUCAUCGACCCUUUCCGCCCAGGCGUUCUGGAGAAGCUCGGCCUCGAUCCACAGACUGUCCUGCUCAAGAAGAACCCACGCCUCAUCGUCGUCCGACUGACGGGCUUCCGCCGAGAUGGUAAAUACUCCGCCAUGGCGGGCCACGAUAUCAACUACGUUGCCGUGUCCGGGGUGCUGAGUAUGCUCGGCGCACGCAACGCUCCACCCUCCCCGCCGGGCAACAUCCUUGCGGAUUUUGCGGGCGGCGGGCACGCUGCGUUCACGGGCGUGUUGCUGGCACUGAUCCAUCGCAGUACAAGCGGCAAAGGACAAGUCGUUGAAGCCAACAUGGUUGACGGGGUGAGUUAUCUGGGCACAUUCCCGCGAUUGUUGACAAAGGAGCCCAUGUGGAAUGCGGAGCGGGGGACGAAUACACUUGAUGGCGGCGCACCAUAUUACGGAUGCUACGAGUGCAAAGAUGAUGGGAAGUACUUGUCCGUUGGGGCCCUAGAGCGACAAUUCUACGCGGAACUGCUGAAAGGGUUGGGGUUUAAAGCGCAUGAGGUGGUGCCUGGUGGGCUGGACAGGGAGGACAAGCGGUCGUGGCCGUACAUGCGAGAGGUGUUUACAAGGAGGUUCAAGGAGAAGACGAGGAAGGAGUGGGAACGUAUUUUCGACGGGACGGAUGCAUGUGUCGCACCGGUAUUGGAGCACGGCGAGAUGGAACAGGCCGGCUACGACCAUAGGCCCAUUGUUGGCUUGACCGAGAGUCCUGGAAGGCCACCCGAGUUGCGGUGGAAGGGCAAGGCUCUGAAGCCGGGAGAAGGCGCCGGGGAAGCGCUCAAGGAGUGGGUGGGCUGGAGUAUGGGUCGAGAUUACGAUGUGAGCGAUCAGGGCGUGUUUGUGAAGAAGGACAAGAGUAAGUUGUAGGCUCGUUCAUUAGACGAUAUUUAAUUCUAUUAUGUGCAACCCGUGAGGCACGGCGGGCCCCUUUAUUA